AUCAAGGCGCACGCCUAACGGAGUUUGCAGACGAGUUGUGUUACGUACUAUCGUUGUAGGUUGUACGCUACUAACGAUCAGUUGUUGGGCCUCUCGUUUUAUCGGUUUAGUAAACGCUGAUGGACUUCCAUUGAAAAAGGACGGAGAAGAAGCCAGUCUGAUCGAUCUCUGCAGAAUUGCACUCGGUAGAGUUGCUUAAGACUUAAGUUAAUAAACCGGCUGACGACGUCACCGUCAUGUCAUCCAAACCGACCUGUCUCAUAGUGGCGAGUGGAGCUGCUCAAGGGGUCUCUGCCCAGUCUUUCCUGCAGUCCUUCACCCUAUGCAGCGCUGCCUUCAACGUGCAGACAGCAACACCUGGGGGUAAACCUAUUGACUUUGUCGGGGUUGACGAAGGCUCUUCGAGAUGGGUCCAGGAAUUCAGCGUGAAGCCUUACGCCAACCCAGCAAAACUGGAGUCCAUAGAUGGAGCACGGUACAAUGCCCUGCUCAUCCCAGACUGCCCCGGUGCGCUCGGUGACCUGGCACACAGUGGGUCCCUGGCCCGCAUUCUUGCUCAUUUUGUCUCCCAGCAGAAGCCCGUCUGUGCCAUUGGACAUGGCGUUUCUGCGCUGUGCUGCGCCACAGAGGAACAGCGGUGGAUUUUCAGUGGCUAUAGUAUGACAGGGCCAUCAGUGUUUGAACUGGUCCGGCAUUCCAACUUUGCAAAUUUGCCUCUUAUAGUGGAAGACUUUGUGAAGGACAGUGGUGGGUCUUACACUGCCAGCAUAGAGGAUGCCAUUCAUGUGGUUCUGGAUAGACACCUUGUGACAGGUCAGAACCAGCAAUCCACUUCAGCUGCAGUCAACAAUCUCAUCUUGCUUUUUAAUGGCAGGAAAUAACUGCAUGAAAACCACACUCCAGCUAGUAAUCAUUUGUAUAUCCUGCUCGUUUCUCCAUCUAGAUUGAAGGUCCAUUCUCUAGCCAAUACUUUAACUAUACUUUGAUAUAAGAUACAUGCUGGUUGUGCACAAUUGCAGCUGUGGUAUGUGCUUUAUGACAGUCUAUGCAAUACUGUCUUCUAGGCUGGCUGUUCCCAUGAUUUUUAUGGUAUCUGUGGUGUAUUCUGUUUUCGGUUUCAUUGCAACUGUUUG